AUGCAUCAAACACAUAUUGUUUCGGCGCUAUUAGUCAAGAACGUGCAUCAGGCCAUCAGGAAGCACUGUGAUGGUGAUUUGGGUCUUGGCAACAAUGUGGAUGCCCGCUACUUACUUCUCAAUGACGACAAGCUCGAAGACGGCAUCGAAAUCGCGACAAUCUCCAUCUUCGUUUGUGCCGAUUGCUUCAAAGGAACCCUCCGCGGCGACGUCAUCCCUACCGGCCACGAGGAUGUCAUCCACGGACUUCCCACAUACAUCGCGACCCCAAAGUGGAAGCCCUGGGUAAAACCGCUAGGCACGGUGGUCCUCAUCACCAAUGCCUCUGGGCAGUCCGUCUGCAACACACGCGCCCUCGCCAAUUCAUAUGCCCGGCGUGUUCUCUGCAUUGUGUACGUUCCUGACUUCAUGGACGGCAAAGCUAUUUCCCUCUGGCUCAUGGCCUCGUUCGAGUCCAAACCCGAUCCCAACUCUCCCUGGAUCUUCCGUAUCCUUUGGCCGCGUGUGCGAUCCUUUCUGGCUGCCGUGCGAAAGACACCGACGGCGAAUGGUGAACCUCCGAAAGUCGGCGUUGCUGGGUUUUUCUGGGGUGGGCCCUAUGCUGUCGGCCUCACCAAUACUCAGAAUCCCGUCAACUGGUUGCCGAGGCAUAUCCAUGAGGUACAGCUGCCGCUCAGCCUGGCGAACGGGGAGAACGAUUCAUCUAUGGGACAGGAGAAGAUGAAGGAGGUGAUGAGCAUUCUAAGAGACAAGAAUAAAGCGCAAGUGAAGGAGGCAGAGGGGGCGGAUAGGCCGGUUAUACCGAAUGCGCAUGAGGCUCUGGUGUAUCCGGGAGCCAAGCAUGGGUUCGCUGUGAGAGGAGAUCGGGAGCACCCGUUGCAGAAAGAGAGGGGAGAUCAGUCUGAGGAUCAGGCUGUACGUUGGUUUCCAUUCAAUACGGUAUGCCACGGGAGCUUUCCAGGAUUGUUGUCAAAGGUGGCUCAAGAGGACCGAGUUCUUGAGAUGAACCUGUGGUCGGCGCGGCGGCUGUUUGGUGAGUGGUGCCUGUUCCUUCCACUCUACGUCCGACACUGCCACGUGUUUGUGCCUGGGAUAUCUGGGGACCGUUUCCACGGUACCGGGAGGCUCUGCGCCGUCUCAGCGCCGCGGGUCCUGUAGCUCUUCGCGGACCUUCCACUUCCCAUUCACUUCGUGUUGUCCAGUUGGUGCAACCUGGAAGCAGGGUGCAAUGUGAAUGCUCCAACAAAGUUAGGCAGUAACCAUCUCCCUUGAAGCUACCCUAGGUAGAGAUCAACAUCAUAAUACAUCUC